AAGGCUAAUUAAAAUCAGGAGGACUGCCAUGAGGCAACCUCAAGUAUCAUACACCUCUGUUUUUGUCUUUUUCAUUUUUCACUUGUUUCUCACAAGAAGUGAACUAGAGGGAAUAAAAAGUGCUGGAAGUAAUUUUUGUUGUAACUUCUUGUGUAACAUCUUUGGUUGGAACUUUUUGGUUGGCCAAAACCCCAUGGAUGCCAAUAAUUGGAGGCCCACUAUCCCAGGCGGAGAACCUGUCAUUGACAUGGGUUAUUGGAGAAUUCAAUUGCAGCCUGACUCACGGAAAAGAAUAAUCGACAAAAUAAUGGAGACAUUAAAGAGGCAUCUUCUGUUUUCUGGUCAGGAGGGAUUACAAGAACUCAAGAAAAUUGUUGUACGGUUUGAGGAAAAGAUUUAUACUGCCUCCACCAAUCAGUCUGAUUAUCUGCGUAAAAUAUCUCUGGAGAUGCUUUCAAUGGAGAUCAGGUCUCAAAAUGCCAUGCCCACUGCCCCCAUGGAUCCAGCAGCAUCCCAUAGUAUGCCCCCUGAAGUUCAGAAUCAAGGGCUGUUUCUCCCUAUCCUAUUGUCCACUGAUCACUCUCAAGCACGUCAGCAGUUGGUAUCACAGAACAUGCAGAAUUGCAUGGCAUCUAAUGGAGUUCAAAGUUAUGCUGGUUUACAAGCAGCACUGCCUCCUGUCUCUGGUGUAACCCUGACUAUCCCCAACACUGUUGUCCAGAAUCCUAACAUGCAGAGUAUCCCUGGAAUUCAAUGGGACAAGGGAUUCCCUACACUAUGUUUGCCAAUUCUCAGAGACAAAUGCCAGAUCAAAGUUAUGAAGGAGACUUAUUUCCCUGAAAUAAAUGAAAUGCACCAGAGAAUUGCUGCCAGGUUACAGCAGCUUGACUCUCUUCCGCAUCAACCGAAUUCAGAACAGCUUGAAAAGCUGGAGAUUUUCAAGACCAUGUUGGAGCGCUUGAUAACAUUCUUACAGGUCUCUAAAAACAACAUCACACCUAGUUUCAAGGAGAAAUUGGGUCCUAUGAGAAGCAGAUUGUAAGUUCUAUAAACCCAAGCAGAUUCAGGAGGCCAAUUCCUAAUCUACAGUUCCUCAAUUGCAGUGCCAUGAAAAUCAACUGAAUCUCCAGUAGCAAUCAUUGAAUGUGCAAGGUUCUGUACCAAUAAUGCAGCAGAACAAUAUGUCAAGCUUGCAGCAUGGUUCUUUUUCAUCUUUAUCUGGGGUUUCUAUGUCAUAACCAAUCAUGAUGAUGCGGGACGAGGGAUAUUAAGAAAAGAAAAGGGGGGAGAGAGAAUGAUAUUGUAGCAAAAAUAUUUGAGCUUACUACAAAUCCAAGCCAAAACAUUUGAGCUUGUCAUGUUGAAUCAUCUCUUCUAGAAUUGUCCUUUUCCUUGCCUGGGGCAUCAAACAUGACCUGACAUGUUGAGGAAACAGACGGGAGGUGUUUUUUUAAACACAAGGCAGAUUUUUAUGAGGGCAAAUCUUCAGUGUUUCGACAGGCAGCCUCAUGAGCAAAAGAAAGACAAUCUGCGACCACUCCAAGCUUCUCGUUGCUCCCCUGUUCCGAUUAGAAACAGAGAUUCAAGAAGCUAUGCUACUGUCCUGAGACAAGAGUUCCAACAAAAUCUACUGUAAGUUCCCAAGACACUCUUUUUCCAGAGAAUCAUUCCUCUGCUUUGCAUAAAGUGAUCCAUGAAUCUGUAGAAGAGGAAUCUGUAUGGUUAGGAUAUAGUCUUGUUGGGUCAAUUAAAGAGGGUGUGACUUAAUGUAGGCCCGGUUUCACUAUGUAAUAGGGACAUUGAAGAUAAAUCAGGAAGAGGAAAAGAAGCCUCAAUCGCUCUCAACAUGAGUGUUUGAAGUGGCUCGACUCAAAGAAACCAAAUUCAGUUGUUUAUAUUUGCUUUGGAAGCAUGGCAAACUUCACUGCCUCUCAGCUUAAGGAGGUUGCAGCAGGUCUUGAAGCUUCUGGGCAUCAGUUUAUCUGGUUAGUUAGAAGAAACAUAAAGAGUCAAGAAGACAAGGAAGAUUGUUUACCUGAAGGAUUUGAGGAAAGAAUGGAAGGCAAAGGGCUAAUUAUCAGACGAUGGGCACUCCAAGUUUUGAUUCUUGAUCAUGAAGCAAUAGGUGCAUUUGUGACUCAUUGAGGAUGGAACUCAACUCUUGAAGGCAUCAGGCCAAUAUUUGCUAAGCAAUUCUAUAAUGAAAAAUUGGUGACUGAUGUUUUAAAAACUGGAGUUGGUUUUGGAGAUCAUGUUAAAAGUGAAGCUGUAGAGAAGGCAAUCACUCAAAUUAUUUUCAGAGGAAAUGAGGAGCAGAACAAAAAAGGUGUAUCUUCUUGCUCCGAUUUCAAUGCUUUGAUUGAAUAACUGAGGCGGGGUCGCCAUUGAAACAGAGGCAAUGUAAGUGUUGAUCACAUGCAUAGAAUAUUUUGUUUCUGUUUAGUAGUGGUUUUGGCAAUUUAAUCUCAGACAAGUCUGGAGAGUUGAAAGAGUAAUCACGCCCGAGACAAUGACCAAUCCAAAUCAGUUCCCUUCCUAAUGGUUCAGGAAUGAGAAGUC